UUUUCCUUUCACCUAAAAAUUUUCAUAUUUUUUAGCCUUUUUUUUUAAUUCUUGCUUUUUAAGAGAAUGCCUAAAGGCCCUGGGGCUUUAUCGAAGCUGUAUAAUGGCAUAAUUAGUGCAGUAGAUAAGGUAGUCCCAGAUUUAUUACUGCCAGUUUGGCAGUCGCCAGUAGGUCCCCGCACGGUUUUUUUUUGGGCGCCGGCGUUUAAAUGGACCCUUGCGGUGGCAGGACUUAGCGAUACGAUCAACCGUCCAGCUUCGUCCAUCUCGCUCAACCAGUCUGGCUCCUUGGCAAUAACGUGUCUGAUUUGGACCCGCUACGCAGUGGUUAUAACACCAAAGAACUACAACUAUCUGGGCGCCAAUGUAGCCAUCUUCCUUGUCCAAAGCUAUCUAAUUAUCAAGCACUUGAGGUGGCGCAAUGAGAAUGCCCGGAAUUUCCUCCACUCGAAGGACAUUUAAAAGCAAGUGGAGAAAUUUUUUUUUGGAUACGGCAUUCUUGGCAUUAGAAAGUUAUAACACUAAUUGUAUCACCAGUAUUACUUCAGGGAUUUAUAAUUCAACUACUUGACUACUUUAAUACUAAGCCAUUAAUAGCAGAAUUUCUCAAAGAUAAGCAGUGAAAUAAAUUUUUAAAUUAUAUUUUGUAAACUAUCGGUG